UUCCAGGAUGAGGGUUAAACCAUCUUGUCGUUACGAGUUUGAAAUUGUUGACAGGCUUCGUAGAUCUUUUAUUGUCAAUCUUAUUGACCGAACAUGUACUUGUCGUGUCUUCCAAUUAGAGCACUUUGUUUGUGUACAUGCUGUAGCUGCCAUAGGUACACGUCCUGGUGUUUCUUGCUAUGAUUAUAUAUCAUAUUAUUACACACGACAGUCUCUUGUGAAUACAUACAGUGGCGUACAACAUCCAAUUGGUGAUGUAUCUUCUUGGAUAGUUCCACAUGAUGUUAAAAGUACUUGUUGCAAGCCACCUUUAUGUUCUAAGAGACAAGCUGGUCGACCAAAAACAAAAAGAAUACCGUCAGUUGGUGAAUUUCGUGCAACCAAACGGAAAAAAUGUUCUCGAUGCCAUUUUGCUGGUCAUAACAAAAAGAGCUGCAAGAAUGCACUUACAAUUAAUUCCUAAGAAAACUGUUUCGUACUGUAUUUGUUUUGGAGUUUGAUGUUACUUUUGCUUACAUUUGUAUUUCCAUGUGAACAUUGAGAUACAUUUCUUAAACAAUGUUGUGUUUCUUAUAGUUUGAAAUUA